ACAACACUUUCCAUAGUCUCUGUCUGUCUUAAUGCUGGAAAAGGUCCAACUUUUCUCAUUCUGUACCAAAUAUUUUGCUCUCUACUAUAUAUAUAUAUAUAUAUAUAUAAAUAUUCACUUUCCAUUUUUCCCUGUAACUUAGCAAGGGGAGCAGCUGCUCUUUGUUUCUUGUUUUGGCGCUUUUUUUGAAUGGGAACUCCAGUGAAUGCUUAGAAAUACAAGGAAACAUUUGAUUUGCUUUUAUUUAUAUAUGUGCUUAUUUCUUGUAAAUAUGCACACAUAGUACGGAUCUUCCCUUUGUUUUGGUUCGAUCAAGAUCUUCUCGCCUCACUCAUUGAGCUCACUCUCGAAUCGGGACUGGUAUGCGUCAGAGGAAGCUUGAUUUUUGGUGAUUAUUCUGAAGGUUGAACGUUUCAAAUUUUCUAUGUGUUAGAUGCGUCCAAAGAAAAUGUCCAUGGCUGUCAAGGAUGAGAAGGAAAUGGCUGUCGAUGUGGCAGCAUGGGCAUUCAACAUUGUCACUUCAGUUGGAAUUAUUAUUGUUAAUAAAGCCUUAAUGGCUACAUAUGGUUUCAGCUUUGCUACAACCUUAACUGGGAUGCAUUUUGCUACAACAACAUUAAUGACCUUUUUCCUUAAAUGGCUUGGGCAUAUCCAGAAUUCCCAACUUCCGUGGUCUGAGCGAUUGAAAUUUGUUUUGUUUGCAAAUUUCUCUAUUGUUGGAAUGAAUGUGAGUUUGAUGUGGAACUCUGUUGGAUUCUAUCAGAUUGCAAAGCUAAGUAUGAUACCAGUGUCGUGCUUUUUGGAAAUUGUACUGGAUAAUGUGCGAUACUCGAGAGACACCAAAUUAAGCAUUUUGUUGGUUCUACUAGGUGUUGCAAUUUGUACUGUUACUGAUGUAAGUGUAAAUGCAAAGGGUUUUAUCGCUGCCUUCAUUGCGGUCUGGAGCACUGCCCUGCAGCAAUAUUAUGUACAUUAUCUUCAGCGUAAAUAUUCACUUGGGUCAUUCAACCUGUUGGGGCAUACUGCACCAAUACAGGCUACAUCCCUGCUGUUACUGGGACCCCUUGUAGACUACUGGUUGACUGAUAAGAGGGUCGAUGCAUACAACUAUACCUCAAUAUCACUAUUUUUCAUCGUCCUAUCAUGUACGAUAGCAAUAGGGACGAAUCUCAGCCAAUUCAUCUGCAUUGGAAGAUUUACAGCAGUGACAUUUCAAGUGCUUGGUCAUAUGAAGACCAUUCUUGUCCUGAUUUUGGGUUUCCUCUUCUUUGGGAAAGAGGGGCUCAAUCUACACGUCGUCUUUGGGAUGAGCAUUGCUAUCGUUGGCAUGAUUUGGUAUGGUAAUGCUUCCUCACUACCCGGUGGAAAAGAGCGGGUACAGUCUCCCACCAUCGGCAAACCUGAAAAACACAGCCUCUUGCCACCAACACAGCUCGACGAGAAAGUAUAGGGAGUCAUAAUCGAAGCAGAUCAAUUGACAAUUUUUCAUAUGUUCUUUUCCUUCCUGCCAUACAUAUAGCGACAGAAGUAUUUAAUUCAAUCAUCUGAUUUUAUAUUUAAAAGUCUAAAUCUUUUCUCCUCUUUAACAGUGAGAUUUUCUUUUCUUUUGCUUUCGCUAGUUUUAUGUCGAAAUUUUCAUAUGUUAAAAGACUUCAAAAGUGCCAUUUGAUCAUUAUUUUUAUGAAGCAAUGUUGCUUUGGUCC